AAUCAAAAUCUUUAAAAAAUAACAAAUUAAAAUUUUUAGAUAAUGACAAUAAUAAUAAUAAUCAUUUUGAGAAUAAUGAAUCUAAUAAUAUAGAUAAAGAAUAUAUCAAUUACUUUGAGAAUAAUGGAUAUAGUAAUAUAGAUAACAAAUUUGAGGAUAACGAAUAUGAUUAUUUUGAAAAUAAUAAUGAGUUUUUGGAUAAUAGUGAUAAUAUAAUAGAUAAUAAUGAUAGUGAGAAUAAUUACUCUGAAGAUAAGAUAUUAAUGUCUUUAGAUGAUUCAAAAUUUUAUGAAGAAAUUGAAGAUUUAGAAAGUAUUUCAGUUAAUCCAUUUCAAGCUUCUAAUGUUAAUUUUAAUAAAUCUACCUAUAUUCCUAAGCCUAAUAUAAAUCUUGAUGAUUUAUUGUAG